CUUUUUCUUAUUUUUCCCUCACUCAUAUUAAAAAAAAAAAAAAAAGAAACUCUGUGCUCCGGCGAUUUGCGGGAGAAGAAAGAAAAGGAACGAAAGUCGGAGAGAUUUUCCCGAGAAAAUUUAGAAUCGUUCGAGAAAAUAAAUAGAGAAAUUCAGAAACAGCUCUGAUCUGAGAGCAGUCUAUUGCUCUCUUGCAGUUCUUCGACGGUGGCGUUAAUGGUGUGUGUCGGUGAGGAAGAAGGAGUGCCGAACUACAUGGCGAAAGGUCCAGAAAGAUCGAGGCCUCUACUACACAAUUUCGAUUUGCCGUGUUUGAAGUGGGGGACUCAGAGACAACUCAGGUGCAUGAAAGUUAAUUCGAUCGGCGCCUUCGAAGGCGUCGCCGCCGACGACGAUGAUCAUCAGCAAUACAUGGGUUUCAGAGUCGAGACCACUCCGAUCAGUCGGCGGCGGGAAUCGGAACCUGAGAGGCGGAGAUUUCGGGUUCCGAAACCGAAAACUGCCGACAGCAACGACAGCGAGGAAGGGAUCGAAGCCCUGAGGGAGAAGCUCAUGUCGGAUCUCAAAACGGCGGCGAAUAAGUUGAAAGACGCGAUUUUGAGGGACGAAGUGGUGGCUGAAGGAGGAGACGCUGAUAAUGACACCGAGGCGGUGGUGGAGGGGUCGCCGGCGCCGGCGACCACGGCCGUCGAUUUGAGGCCGUGGAAUCUCAGGACGAGGAGGGUCGCGUGUAAGUCUUCGAACGGUGGAGGAGGUAAGGGGUUGAGAACUGAGGAGAGGAAGCCCAAUAACAACUCGCCGUUGAGGAGUGACGGCGGCAACAAUGGCGGCAAGUCGCCAAGGCCUGUGAGAGGGCUCCCUGAAAAGAAGGAUAGACCGAAGUUUUCAGUGCCGCUUGCGAGGAAGGAGAUCGAAGAGGAUUUUAUGGAGAUGCUGGGCAACAGGCCGCCUCGGAGGCCAAAAAAGCGUCCAAGGAUGGUUCAGAAGCAAUUGGAUUGUCUGUUUCCCGGUUUGUGGUUGACGGAGGUUACAGCUGAUUCGUACAAGGUUCCAGAGUUCCCUGAAAAUUGCAAGAGGUAGCAAGGGUUGUGCGGUACAAAUGGUGGGCUCUCAGGAAAGUUUCAAGUCUUGUUUAUUUUUUCUGACUUCUGGUAACUUUAUGGGGCUAAUUUACCGGGAAAUACCACAUGUUUGUGACAAUGGGCAUUUCAUACAAGUGUUGAAUCCCUGGUGACUUGUGGUAUAGGAUCAGUAGGUUUGGUAAUCUAAUUUUUUUUUUUGUUUAUUCAAUUGUAAUUCGUUUUUUUUUUUUUUUUUUUUUUUCCUUUCUUGUCUUAUUUUGAACAAUAAUUCCUUGUUAAAAAAAGAAUGGGUCAUGUUAACGAUGGAAGGGAAUUUUUUAUUAUGAGCUUGCCGUUUGUGAAUAAAUCUCAAAUCUAUUUCUUUGGACUA